GACAAAUGCCCAUAUUUCCUUCCAUGUGUUUAUGCAAACCUCCUUGCAUAUGUUUGUUCCCUCAACUCCCCCUUUUUGUAUCAUUAGGUCGGCUUCUAUUAUAUUCAUGUCUUCUACUUUAUCACUUUUUGUUUUUUCAAGUAUUAUAUAAGUCCCUAACCACAUAAACUUCUCUUACUAGUUCCUCCACUUUCAUUUCUUUUAAAAAGAAAAAAAAUGAUGAAGUUGAAGUCAAAGAGGUUUUGUAGAAGCAUAUCAAAGCUUGGCAAUAUUGGAAACAAAGUAGUAGCACCAUCUCCAAUUGAAAAGGAAUGUAGUGAAAUCAAAUGGGAACUUAGGCCUGGUGGCAUGCUUGUACAAAAAAGAGAGAGCAAUAAAAGUGAUGAAGAAAUUAUCACAAUUAGAGUUUCAACAAUUUCUAAGUGGCAUGAUAUUUCCAUUGAAGCCACUUCAACUUUUGGAGAAUUGAAGAUGGCUUUGUCAUUAGUAACAAGUUUGGAGCCAAGAGAACAAAGGCUCAUCUAUAGGGGUAAAGAGAGAGAUGACAAUGAAUUUCUUCACAUGAUUGGUGUUAGGGACAAAGAUAAGGUUCUUCUUCUUGAAGAUCCAGCUAUUAAGGAAUUGAAGCAAUUUGGUAUGGAAAGAGGAGAAUCUAUUAACCAUUCUUGUUGUAUCAUUAGUGUAUAAUAUUUCCUCUAGCCCAAUCUAGUGUUUAAGACCUG